UCCGUUUAUCAAAACUCUGGCGCGCUGAGGCAAACUGUAAGCAGCGGGUAGCUAUGACUCGAGGCUAGCGGUUGUUCGGAAACAACACGUCGGUUGUUGUUUGUUUUGUUGUAUUGUUGUCACAACAUCGCUAAUCGUACAAAUAUAACGUUAGCGAUGCUGGCUAAUUUAGCGUUUGUAUAGUCGUGGCUUCCUUAUUGCAUACAUAUGCGGAAUCAGCUACUUUUUACAUAAGUCACCAUGAAGAGAACCAAGCUGAAGAUACCGAAGGUGGCAACGGGUGGGCAGAUGCACAUAUCUACUUUCUUUACUUCUCCAAUGAAGACUUUGCCUCCUAAGUCACCACUGACCAGCUCGGUGGUCUGUAAAACUGACACGCACGCCAAAGAUGAUGAUGUCUGCACUACCGGAUCUUACUCUCCUUUAAAGAGGACCAUCCUCCGGGAUCUUGAGAACCUUCUUCCCUCCUCACCAGACCUCCUAAUGGUUCCUGAGACCCCGAGAAGUCAGAUUACACCUUCAUCCCCCAUAAGAGACCACAAAGACCUGAGUCAUGAACCCAGGAGAGAAGGAUCAACAAUGGGGAAACCUGUUCAGGAGUUCCCCAUCUGUCAAAGUGUCACAACCGAAAGGGAUUCAUUGAAAAGACUCUUGAGCCCUUCAGAGGACCUCCAUGAUGCUAAGAGACAAAGAACCGCUAACGCACCGUCACUCAGACCCGAGAAAGACGGCGACAAAAAUGCGUCUGUUUUUACUUCCAUAACAGAGCAGAAGGCGACAAAAGGCAGCAUUGUAACAGCCCACGUACACAUGCCAGGCGAUGACGCUAUUAAUUCUGCAGCACAACAGCAGGUCGUUGACAAAAUACUCGAAUCAGCAGUGGAAGAACCUCAAAAAACAGUCGGGGAUGAGCAUCAAAUGAAAAAAACAUCAGAUGAGAAGCAAAGUGGAGGUGAAACAGGGACCAUGUCGGAAUUUCCUUUGGAAGACGGGUUGGAUGACAGUUGGUUCACAGAGCAGAUGGGGCUGAGUGAAAGUCUUCUGUCCAAGGAAAAACCCCGUAAGUUACCAGAUCAUGUGAUUCUCUGUGGAGGUCCCAACAACCGCUACUGGGUUUUAAAUGUGGAGGAGAAUCCUGGUCAAAAACUCCUUACCAUAACACAUUUCAGAUCGCUGCAUCCCAUUGAGACGUGUCUUCUGAAAGAUGGAUGGGAGAUGAUGCCCAUCAGUUGCGGCGAUGUGGUCCAUCUGGAGGGCCACUGUGAUGCUGGACGCUGGCUGGUGGACAGAGAACAAGGCCUGCUAGUUUUACAUCCUGAUAGUCUUGUUUCAGGCACCAGCAUCUCCAGCUCUAUACGUUGUAUGAGGAGGGCAGUGUUGGGGGAGAUGUUUAAGAGUUUUGAUGGCGGCUCCAAGCAGAUGCUGAACGGCACUAUCGUCCACCAAGUGUUCCAGACAGCAGCCACAGCUAAAGACUUCUCUCUGGAUACUUUAUCCAAAAUGGCUGACAAGGCUCUGCAUAGUGCCCAGCAUCUUGGGGACAUGUACAGUUUGGGUGUCACUCAAGACGAGAUGAAGCAGGAGCUACAUGAUUAUCUGCCCUCACUGGAGCAUUGGGCAAAGGAAUACCUCAACACACCAACGCCAAAGGCCAUCACCCUGAAAAUACCAACUAACAGUGGGGCUGCAGGCAGGUUGCAGGAUUCUGCCACCGCUACCAUUACAGAGCUGGUAGACAUCGAAGAGAAUGUGUGGUCACCGCGAUUCGGUUUGAAAGGAAAGAUUGAUCUGACGGCACAGGUUCGAAUCCAAAGAGCAAGGAACGUCAGCUCCAAAUCCUCUGAAAUGAAGACUAUUCCCUUGGAGCUGAAAACUGGAAAGGAGUCCAACUCCAUAGAACAUCGCAGUCAGGUGAUUCUAUACACCCUGAUGACCUUGCAUAGAUACAGUCCUCCAGCUGGAUUUUUGCUUUACCUGAAGACAGCAAACCUAUAUCCUGUUGUGGCCAGCCACAUGGACCACAGAGAGUUGCUGAAGCUGAGGAACACCAUGGUUCAUUAUGUCCAAAACCGCGUGCAGAAAGGAGUGGAGAGAAGUCGCCUUACCAGACUUCCGGACAUGGUGACAGACAAAAAGACAUGUAAUUAUUGCCCCCAAAGGAGAAACUGCGCACUAUAUGAAAGAGUGUUGGAAGAUGCCUCCACAGACGUCAGUGAUGACUUUCUGCAGCAGGAGACAAGUCACUUAACUGCCACGCAUUUAAAUUAUUUUGCCCACUGGUUGCUGCUAUGUAAUCUUGAGGCCGUCAGCAUGGAGGCCAAAAAUGGCCGGAAACGGUUGUGGCUCCAGACGCCCGAGGAGAGCGAGAAGAAUGGGACUUGUGUCGGGAACCUUCAGCUGAGUGGCCAUGUGAGCGUCCAGUCAGAGGGAGUUUUCCUUCAUCGUUUCCAGCAAGCUAACAAGACGUGCAGUACAAGCAGCUGCGGCCUAUCCAGUGGGGAUCGUGUUGUCCUCAGCGACCAGGGUGGUCGUUUUAUUGCUCUAGCAACAGGCUACUUGUGUGACGUUAGCACGACAUUGAUCACUUGCACCCUGGACAGAGACGUGUCUAAGCUCAGCAAUGAGGUGUUUCGUCUUGAUGCAGAUGAUGGCGUCGUGGGCCUCAGCACUCACCUCACCAAUCUCUCUAGACUGAUGGAGAGCAGCCAAGACAGUAAUCGUUUGAGGGAGUUGGUUGUGGAUCAUCGUAUUCCGGAGUUUAUAUCCAAUCUCAGUUCAGUUCUGCCCAGAGAGGCAAAGGACACUGUGGCAAACAUACUUAAAGGUCUCAACAAGCCCCAAAAGCAGGCCAUGAAGAAAGUGUUGUUAUCAAAAGACUACACACUGAUAGUUGGCAUGCCGGGUACAGGCAAAACCACCACCAUCUGCAGCCUGGUUCGCAUUCUUCAUGCAUGUGGUUUCAGUAUGUUGCUGACCAGCUACACACACUCUGCAGUGGACAACAUCCUGUUGAAGCUCAAACGCUUCAAAGUUGGCUUCCUGCGUCUUGGGCAAGGACAAAAGGUCCACCCAGACAUCCUGCCAUACACAGAGGAAAGUAUCCGGAAGAAAGGAGUUCAUACACUGUCCGAUCUUGAGCAGCUUUACAGCAAAGAACUGGUCGUGGGGACCACCUGCAUGGGCAUCAGACAUCCCAUUUUCUCACGACGGAGAUUUGAUAUCUGCAUCGUGGACGAAGCGUCUCAAAUCAGUCAGCCCAUCUGUCUGGGCCCUCUGUUCUACGCCAACAGAUUCGUCCUGGUAGGAGACCACCAACAGCUGCCCCCUAUUGUGCAAAACCAGGAAGCGAGAUCGCUAGGGAUGGAUGAGAGUCUGUUUAAGCGACUAGAGUGUCACAGUGAAGCUGUGGUCCAUCUAAAUGUCCAGUAUCGCAUGAACAGGCAGAUCAUGUCUCUCAGCAACUGCCUGAUGUAUGACGGACGCUUGGAGUGCGGCUCUGACAGAACGGCUUCGGCCCUCCUCUCUCUGCCCACCCUCCCGUCUGUUCAGUCGGCACUCGAUUCCCUCUCCGGGACACAACCCCAGCAGGAUCUGGCGUGGAUCCAAGCCACGCUUUUACCUAGCAACCCUGUUUGCUUCCUGGAUUGCUCAAUGGUGCCAGCUUUGGAGUCAGUGGAGCAAGGAGGCAUAAGCAAUCGCACCGAAGCCAUUGUCAUCCAUCUUUUGCUGUCUCUCUUGUUAAAGGCAGGCUGUAAGCCCAGCGAUGUAGGCGUCAUCGCCCCCUACAGGCAACAACUGAAGACCAUCUCAUCAGUGCUUCAGUCGUCUGCUUUCAGCAGCGUGGAGGUGAACACGGUGGACAGAUACCAAGGGCGGGACAAGAGCGUCAUCGUGCUCUCGUUUGUCAGGAGCACUACAGAAGAAGAAAAUCUAGGAGAGCUGUUGAAGGACUGGCGCCGCCUGAAUGUCGCCAUCACCAGGGCCAAACAUAAACUGCUGAUGGUGGGCUCUGCCUCCACGCUCAGACGAUACGCCCCAGUGGAGAAACUACUCAAUCAUCUGGAGCAGGAGAAGAUGAUUAUUCAGCUACCUCCAUCCGGCCACAAAGCCUUACCCAUGAUGCUCCUGUGACGGAAGCAGUCCAGAUGUCGUCGCAGUACCUCACAUCCUCAAUGCUAUAUUUCUUCACAGUACCCCAAUUACAUAUUUUUGUAUUUCAUUAAUCAAUCAGACACUGAUUUAGCUGUUAUAUUUAUGAUCUCUGAAACACAGUGUUUUUUUAAGCUAACUAAAUUAACUCCAUGGUAAUGUGAUGAUUUUUAUGUUAAAAACAACCUAAUUCAGACUGAAGGAGAGGCUUAUUGGUAGUUGACAUUGUUGCGUUUUAUUCAUUGGAUCAUCUGCUAAAAGUCAUACUUGAAUACAUUUGAGGGAGCUUAUAUGCUAGGGUAGCCACAAAAUGCUUUGCUGUGAAGAUUAAUGUAAAACUCUGCCUCCUAUUGUGACAAUGUGAGUCUUGGAGAUAUAUAUAUGAAAUAACAAUUACGUAAAAUAUCCAAUCUAAUGGUGAGAAACUAAGCUGACUUUAAUUUCUUGGAUCAAAUGUGAUUCCUCAAACGUAUUUAUUAACACCUUCCAUCAACUUUUUCUUGUUUUGUCAUUUUAAGUAUUGCAUUUUUAUUUUUGUAUGUGUGACCUUUGCAGCUAAUAAAACUUGUGAUGAAUAUGUGAA